AUGGCUCAGAACGAGGGAAAGCUCAUUGUAGCGACCAGGUUCUCGUGCAUUUACCAAAGCGGAUCAACAGUCACGAAAGUAACACCUAUUGGAUCGGUAGUGAGGCCUCAUGAUCCUCUCAGUGAGCUAGAAUUGCUUCGCAGACUUCAGAUUUCCAAGAAUCUGCACAUCAUCGAACUGCUUUCUUUCGACACUCAGCAAGGUACUGUUCGUUUGCAAUUCCCUUACUACAGACAGAAUAUGCACGAGUAUCUGAUGACUUAUUAUCGACGGCCUCGCUGGAACCCGUAUUUAUUGAAUGGGGAACAGUCGCAAUCUUCAAAACGUGUCAACGGAUUACCGUUAACGCACGCAAUUUCAUUCUUCCAACAGUUGGCAGAUGCGUUGACCAGCAUUCACGCUUUGGGCAUUAUACACCGAGAUCUGAAACUACACAACGUACUGGUCGACGAAGCUGACGCUCAAAACGCUACACCAAGACUUAUUUUGAUCGACUUCGGGAUUGCCUAUCACGAAGAGACCUCCUCCGAGGCCCCAGACCACAAAGUAACGGAUGUGUCAACGUCCAUCUACAAGGCGCCGGAACUACUAUUCAGCGUGAAAAAUUACUCCAGUGCUAUUGACAUUUGGGCCUUACUGGUGCUUAUCUCACAGGUGUUCAACAUGGAUAGCUUGAGCGACACGCAUAUUCCAGCAUUUGUUGAUGAUGGGUCCGGGGAACUGGAGCAAGGCAGCGAUAUACGAUUAAUUUCCUCGAUCUUCGAAAAUCUGGGCAUCCCAACGCUCGACGAAUGGCCCGAAGUCCGCGACCAUGGGUCGCCUGCUUUUGAAGGUAUGUUUGGCCGUGAAGGGAACAAUAGAUACUUUGUCAGCCAGCCAAUUCAGGUUCAACACAAAAUGUGUCUUCGUCUUUUUCCUCGGCUAGUGGAGAUAUCAGAACCAGCUAAAACUACUCUCAUAAGAUGUCUGCUUCGAAUGAUGCCUUUCGAAUCAACUCACAGAAUUUCUGCUAUUGAGAUCUCGGAACUGUUGAAAUCAUUGCAUGACAAGCAGGUAGAGAGAACGGCCCACUAG